AUGACCAGCCCUGAAAAUGUUCUUUUGAAAUGGGAGUCAGAGGGUACGGACACCUGUACUCCUUCCGAGAAAUCCUCUACGGUACCCUCGGAGACAAGUACCGACCGUGAUUUCAUCGCUUCUGAUUCAGAAAGCUUGUCUCAUGCCUCGCAUAAUUCAUCGGAUGCUUUGUAUCUUUUUCAAGGGCAUUCGUCUGAGGAAGAGUAUGGUGUUCAGGACGGAAAAGUUCCAAUCAAAACAAUCGCGCGACAAUCAGUCAUGCUGAAUGGCCAACCUAUCACCAAGUAUCUUGUUCCUUGGUACUCGUGGGAAGAUGAUGAGAUGUGA